GUGAAAGGAACCAGGCUCCGCCCUCUUGACCCAGCGUGCAAGCUGCGCCCUCUCCAGCCCUGGGUACAAGAAGUGAGCCGCUCUCACCACACUACUUCACAACCGAGCCUGGGAGAGGGUCGCUCAACGAUUCCAUAGAGUUCCGUCGGAGUCCUGUGCCGCCUCUACGGUGAGGGAACGCAGCGUGCGACGACCAUCGGUGCUGAGGGGAGUAAAUACCGCUGUGAGACCGGAAGUGCCUCGGGAGGCGUCGCUUCCGGAAGUGUGGCAUAUCCUCACCACACCAGGAAGUGUGGUGCCGCGGCGGCUCCUGCUGUCCACCCAGUUGGAUGUGGGCUUGAAACAGGUGUUAAUGUAUCGUUGUUUGCGGAGGCUCAUCGGAGCGUCACCCUUCCGAAAGUGCCGGAGGGUGCAAGUAUUUUAUCAUGUUUUUGAAUGUCGCGUCCUGUCGAAAACUGUAGGGGAAGCAGCACUAGGAAUGUUUCCAGGUGGCCUGUGGCUCCCUAAAGGCUUUUAAGAAGUUUUCUGUUGCUGCCCAUCACCCUCGAUUCCCCUUUUCCCCAGGGAUGUGCAGAUGGAGGCCGGAGAAGAUAGUGCUGUCCCAGCCCCCGGGGAUGUGGAGGACUUGGUGGACACGCAGUUGCCCAUUGAGGAGGCUGGAGACAGUGAAGGGGGUCACUCGAGCACGCCGGAUCCCGGAGAUGGGGACCCGGAGGACACAGGAUCCAAGGCCAAGGACCAGUCACCCAGCCUCCUGUCACCUGGGCCUCAGGCUGAGGCCCCAUCAAGCACUUGUGAGCCCUGGAAAACCGCAGCUUCAGACGGCAAUCCUGGAGAACCUGAGGGUAGCUCUGAGGGCCAAGGAGAGGACCCCAGUGAUGGGGACCCCAGUGACGGGGACCCCAGUGACGAGGACUGGCGCAGCCAACGGAAGCACGUGUUUGUGCUGAGUGAGGCAGGCAAGCCCAUCUACUCACGGUAUGGUAGUGUGGAGGCACUGUCUGCCACCAUGGGUGUGAUGACAGCGCUCGUGUCCUUCGUACAGAGUGCAGGAGACGCCAUCCGAGCCAUCUAUGCUGAGGACCACAAGCUGGUGUUCCUGCAGCAGGGUCCACUCCUGCUGGUGGCUGUGUCCCGGACUCCUCAAUCAGCAGCACAGCUACGGGGUGAGCUGCUCGCAGUGCACGCACAAAUUGUGAGCACACUAACACGUGCAAGCGUGGCCCGCAUCUUCGCACAUAAGCAGAACUAUGACCUACGUCGUCUGCUGGCUGGCUCCGAGCGCACACUGGACAGGCUCCUGGACAGUGUGGAGCAAGACCCAGGUGCCCUGCUUCUGGGUGCUGUGCGCUGCGUGCCUCUGGCCCGUCCACUACGGGACGCCUUGGGUACACUACUGCGGCGCUGUACAGCCCCAGGGCUGGCCCUGUCAGUGCUGGCUGUUGGUGGCCGACUGAUAACAGCAGCCCAGGAGAGGAAUGUGCUGGCUGAGUGCCGGCUGGACCCAGCUGAUCUUCAGUUACUGCUUGACUGGGUGGGUGCACCAGCCUUUGCAACAGGUGAGGCAUGGGCACCUGUGUGCCUGCCUCGCUUCAACCCAGAUGGUUUCUUCUAUGCCUACGUGGCCCGCCUGGAUUCCAUGCCUGUCUGCCUGCUGCUGCUUGGUACCAACCGUGAAGCCUUCCAUGCCAUGGCUGCCUGCCGGCGCUUGGUUGAAGAUGGGAUGCACAACCUUGGUGCCCUGCGUACUCUUGGGGAGGCUGCCAGCUUUUCUAAUGGACCAGCGGCCAAUGCCCCUGCCUACAGUGUGCACGCUGUGGGAGCACCCGGCCUCCGGCAUUUCCUCUAUAAGCCACUGGACAUCCCUGACCAACACCGCCAGCUGCCACAGUUUACCAGUCCUGAGCUGGAGGCCCCAUACAGCAGAGAGGAGGAGCGACAGCGACUGUCGGACUUGUAUCACCGCCUGCAUGCUCGCCUCCAUAGCACCUCCCGGCCCCUGCGCCUCAUUUACCACGUGGCUGAGAAGGAGACACUGCUGGCCUGGGUGACCUCCAAAUUUGAGCUCUAUACUUGCCUGAGCCCCCUCGUGACCAAGGCGGGCGCCAUCUUAGUAGUGACGAAGCUCCUGCGCUGGGUGAGGAAGGAAGAGGACCGCCUUUUCAUCCGUUACCCACCCAAGUAUUCCACACCGCCCUCCACCUCGGUGGAGCAGGCCCCCAACAAUGGCUUGUUCACUGGACUCUGAAUGACUGCUGGAGUGACCACAUUUGGCGUUUAAAUUCUGUCUCCACUCUGGAAAUGUGGGUAGAAGUCUGUGUGGGGCUGGUCCCCAUUUCCGUGGGCAGGUGGGCAAGAUCUCAGGGUUUGCCCACAAACGGGAGAACAGCAGCUAGGGGGCACAGGGUGCUCUCUGAGCCCCCUCACGCCCCUCCCUCCACUUCUAGGAAAGUCGAAAGCUCCUCUGCGCUCUGCCUCACCUCCUUAACUAACAAUGCUACCGCACCCUCCGUCAUUAGCCGGCCCCUCCAAACCUCUUCUAAGCAGCACAGGUUACCACCAUGUCCAUCUUCCAAGCAGACCUGAGCCUGGGCUGAGGCUGUCCUCAGGGUAGGGGUGGGUAACCCACAAGGGCUCUAGAAUUUGGAAUGCAGGGCUAGCCUGUGCUUGAAACCGGCCUAGGAAUGUUUAAAGAAAACUACAGAAAGGGCCUAAGGUUGAAUCUCACAAGUCAUUCCUCUGUCCUUCAUGCCCCCCUUUUUUUUCUCUCUCCAUUAUUUUUCCCUACUUAAAAAAAAAAAAACAAAAAACAUCCACCAAUGUAACACAUGCCACGUGACUUCACCCAACGACAGGAUGCAGCUUUGUGAAGAUACCCUUAGCCUCUAAGGCUCCUACCCAAGAGAAAGAACUUCCUUUAGGCCCCUUUAGUGGAGAUCUAUGAACAGACAGGGCUUGGAACUCUUAAGCUGCUACUCAGCACAAAUAUGUUUGAUCUGGACGCAGGCCGCUUGCAGCAGCAACCUAAAGAACCCUUAAAGAACUUGUACGCACAACCCUCCUCAGCUGCCCACUACCCUGCUUCCAGCCUAGUUUAGCGAUAGGGCCCUGUGGUUGGGCGCAUGCGUGCUAACUAUCGGUUGCAUGUUCUGCGCUUGCUCAGAGCAGAUACCUGUGCCGCCCCACCCCCUGGUUUCCUGCAAGGUCUGUAGCAGCACGUGCUGCUCUUCCCUGCCACUGUUUUUCCACUCUUCUGUGGCACAUGCGCAGAUGCCCCACAUUGGGAAACUGCGGAGCUGGAGCGUUUGAUGGCAGAGUGGCUGGGAGCUGAGGAGACUGACGACACCAGAGGUAGUGAGGGCCCACAGGGUGGAAGGGAGAGAGGCUUUGGCCCAUGGUAAUAAUCAAGAGUAAUUUUUUUAGAAAAAAAAUGUUUUUAGCCUACUGAAAAUUUUAACUUCCACACAGUGGAAAUAAAUAAUAUGCGUGUUCUCAUCACCUAGGUUAACUUGCCAACUUUAUUGACCUUAUUAAAUACUUAAAUAGUUCAUUUGAGGACCUAUUACCAAGCAAAUCAGGAAGGGAUAGUGGUAUGCUCACAAAAACUGCCCUGCCGAUGUCAUUUCACAGCUAGCUUAGAUGGUUUACUACAGAGAUUUUUUUUCAAGGAUUUUGAGAGUGGUUUUCUACACUGUUUUCAAAUUUGUUUUGACUCAAAUGAUGACAACUUCUCCCCUCACUGGGGGCCUAGAAACUACUGGAAAUUGCAGUUCAUUCAAAAGAAAGUAUUUCUCAUGGGAAAUCAACUGGACGAGCAUUUUUGUUUUAAUUAUAGAAAAUUCCCGAACAUUCCAAGGUAGAGAAAAUAUCAUGAUGAGUGACCCCAACCCUACCUCGACGGGUAAUCAAAUUCUGUCUGUACCCAUCUCCCGAUCCUGGCUCCUGCGUGCCAGGCCUGUCACUACAAGACCAAACACGGGAGGUGACACCUUGCCAGACCUGUCUAUUCAGAUUCCAAAGCAAUGGGUGUGGCCUUCAAGAGCAAGACCUGCAGUUUCCCUGGGCACCUGAAACAUCUUCUUGGUGCUUGGUACACAGUAAUAUUUUUUUUCUUUCUGUUUUUAAGUGGAUGAAUAAGUAAUCAUUUAAGCAGGAUUUGUCUUAAAUUGUAGCCACAGAUUGGGUGCCAGUUUUCAAAGAAUAAAAAUCAGACAGCAACAUGCCGCACUUUAUUAAGCAUUUGAUGCAGUACCACAGAGAUUUGAAAACUUAACAUCAACCUUUCAGAUUCCUCAAGAGUUAAGAAGUGAGGGACUUGGCUGGCACUGCAGGAAGCUGAAAGGCGUAUCAGGUUGUGUUUCUCAGCCACUGACUUGUGCUUAGGGGCAUAAUACUUAGCACCAGUGGCAUCCAGGUGGGGUGGGGUGCUUAUGCUUUACAUGCUCGUCCACAUCUGUAACCUCCAUGCUGGGUAAUAACAGGAGAUUGACUAAGCAAACAUGAACAAAGGACAGUCAGUGGUGACUUACUGACAGAGAUACAGGAAGUGGUCACAUAAAUGACCAAAGCUAGGGAUAGCCUUGCAGAUUGUAGACUUUUUUUUUAAAUAAAGAGAAACAUUUUUAGUUGGUAUAAUUGUUUAUUUUAUAAAAGAUGGGCCCGAGAAGUUUUAUUUUUGUUAGUGAAUAGUUGGGAUUGAAACAAGAAAGGGAGGGGGUUGUCAAGAAUAGCUACUUGAAAAGAGAGGUAAGCCCACUUUGAUAACUGGUGAAGGGCCUUGGAUUUAGGGGAGGGGAGCAAAAUGGAGGCCUUUUGUGACUCAUUUUUUAUUUAUCUCUUAGAGAAAUAGGUAGUAAUAUGUAAUUUAAAAUAUGAGAGGAAAAGGGAAAGUUGAGCAGCACCUGAGGAUUAUACAUUGGACCAAUGUUAACUCCAGAUUUUAAUGGCUAUUUUGCAGUUACUUGGAGUCUCUGUAUAUAGGAAAUAUGCACUGGAAUAUUAAGUAUUAAUGGGUCAUACUAUUUACAACUUACAGUUGAAAAACACUCAAACAUGGAGGACCUGAUAGAGUACCAUAGCCUAUUUCUACGACUUUUGUGUACAUCUGAAAUAAUUUCAAAAUAAAAUGUUAAAAGGGGA